UAUAUGUGGGGUUGCGUGAAAAUUAUUUUUCUCUUGCCCAACCACAAAGGCAUAAAAUCAAGCUGCUUGAUUUGGCCACAUUGGUUUCUUCUGUUUCUUGUGGAUAUUAUGGCUAAUAACACAACAAGUUUAGGGAGCCCAUGGCCAGAAAACUUUUGGGAGGACCUUAUAAUGUCCUUCACUGUAUCCAUGGCGAUUGGGCUUGCAAUCGGAGGAUUUCUCUGGGCGCUGUUCGUUUUCCUGUCUCGAAGAAGAAGAGCCAGUGCGCCCAUCUCACAGUGGAGUCCCACCAGGAGACCCAGGUCUUCCUACAACCACGGCCUCAACAGAACUGGAUUCUACCGCCACAGUGGCUGUGAACGCCGAAGCAACCUGAGCCUGGCGAGCCUCACUUUCCAGAGACAAGCUUCCCUUGAGCUGGCAAACUCCUUCCCCAGGAAACCAAGCUUCAGGGCUUCGACUUUCCAUCCGUUCCUGCAAUGCCCAACGCUUCCAGUGGAAACUGAGAGUCAGCUGAUGACCCUGCCCGCUUCCACCGCCCCAUCCACCAUCAGCACCGUGCACAGUCAGAGCCGGCCGGACUUCCGCUGGUCCAGCAACAGCUUGCGGAUGGGCCUUUCCACACCACCCCCACCUGCCUAUGAGUCCAUCAUCAAGGCAUUUCCCGAUUCCUGAGCUUGGGAUUUCAUUGUCUUUGAUUUUUUUUUUUUUAAUGUUUCUUCUAGAAAGAUAUAUAGGGUAAACAGAAUUUGGGGGCCAUGGUCCUAAUGACUGAUUUUUCUGACUUAAUAGGCUCAUGAAAGCUGAACAGUACUGAGUUAGGCACAGUUCCUUAUGAACACAUUUUUCUCACUCAGAUCUCACAAAAGUAUUUUUUUUUCUCAAAAAGUUCCAUACUUAUGUAUUUUGAAUUCAGCAU